AUGACAUCCCACGAUCACACCCACGGCGCGGGCACUGUGUCUGCGGAUAUGAAGCACCGCAGCGUGAGCCCCUCCGCCCACGCCCAACAAACGUAUCACGACCCAACUGCUGGUCUGGCCCUGAACCACUCCAUGUCAGCCGCGUACGCGACAAACCCUUCCUAUGACAACACCAAUGCCGAUCCCAGCAUCAGCGGCACUGAUUCGUAUGGCUACUCGGCAGCUUACCUCUCUGGAGCCCCGCAAGCCCAGGGCCUCGCGCUCUCAUCUGGCCAGCCCUUCCCGCCAACCCUGAACACGAGCAACAUCCCCAUGUCGCAAUCGUUCGACCCAACCCUGGUUAAUCAGCUCGACCCCGGAGUCACGGGCUUGCAACAGUCACAGGCAACCGAGGAUUUCUCUAAUCUCCUCAAUUCCAAUGCAGGGGAGCUGGAUUUCUCGGCCUACCAGAACCACAGCCCGAAUAGCGCCAGCGCAUCCGAGUACGAUUCGUCGCUGCUACUGGAUCCGCAAAUGCACCAGCGCCCGCAGUCCAUGCACCAAGCGGUCAACCCAGCUGAUCUUGUCAGCCCUAUCUCCAAUCCCUCUGCAUCCUCACAUCCCUCGUCGCAGGACCCGCAGCAGUCUUCGCCGGCCCCUAUGUCCCCUCCCGGCUCGACUCCUGGGACAUACUAUACCCCGCAGCAUUCGCGCCAUACCUCGCUGGACCCAGCCACGGCGGUUUAUUUGAGCGCACAGUCCAACGCGGACUGGCAGUCUGUCAUGAACAAUACCGCGUUCCAGGGCCACCGCAGAGCGCCAUCGGAAGUAUCUGAGGUCUCAUCUGCCAACCACUCGCCCUAUUUGUCUCAACAUGAAUAUGAAGGUAUCGAGAACAAUGCUUCACCCUCGCUUGCCCCGCAGAAUGACCCUGCGCUGUAUGAUAAUGCGCUGGGCAUUGAGCAAUUCACGCUGUCAGAGCAGCACCAGCAGGGCUUCAGCCCAGCCCACAGCCCGUAUAUUUCGCCGCGGUUGAUGCCACAACAGGGCAAUGAUGUGAUACCCAGUAUCCAGUAUGCAUCGGCCAGUAAUCAGUUUCCCCCGGCACCAACAGACCUGUAUGGAUUACCUGGGGAUGACAUGAUGGGAAUGAAUCCUGCAGGUGAUAUCGGCCAAGCAUCCCAGAUGGCCCCUCCAUCCAUCAACGUGGAGUUUGCUCCGCCAUCCCGGAUCCCGAGUUUCGGGCCAUCGAAGCCGGCUACCGACUUGGACUCGCUUAGGUCCCGUGUUCGCAGCAAGUCAGAUCCUUACACACACCCCACUUCCCGUCAAAGAUCUCCUGCAACUUCGACAACCAGCCUUGAGCCUCUGGCCCCUACUUCACCGCGCUCGCUGUCGCCCCACUCGCGUAGCAGCCCCAGCUCGCGUGAAGCGUCACCGUCAAGAUCUAAUCGACGUCUCUCAACAUCAUCUAUCGAGAGUCGCAACUACAUUCUAGAUCUGGCUGACCCAGGGCGCCCUGGAGCAGCCCCAGGAGACUCGAAGCGUGUCCAGAAGCACCCCGCCACUUUCCAAUGUACACUCUGCCCUAAGCGUUUCACCCGUGCCUACAACCUACGCUCGCACCUCCGCACCCACACCGACGAGCGGCCGUUUGUGUGCACAGUCUGUGGCAAAGCCUUCGCCCGCCAGCAUGACCGUAAGCGCCACGAAGGCCUUCACUCCGGUGAAAAGAAGUUCGUCUGCCGAGGCGAUCUCUCACGAGGCGGACACUGGGGUUGCGGCCGCCGUUUCGCUCGCGCUGACGCUCUCGGUCGCCACUUCAGGUCUGAAGCUGGCCGCGUCUGCAUCAAGCCCCUCCUAGACGAAGAGUCCCAGGAGCGCGAGCGCAUCAUGGUCCAGCAGCAACAGCAGCAACAGCCUGCCGGCCACCUGCAGCCUGUACCACAGCCCCUCGUAAUGCCGGGUGUUCCAGGCAUAGAUGGCCAGCCCUCGGGCAACUUCGUCCUCCCCGCCGCCCUGCUCGCGCAAUACCCCGCCCUACAAACGCUGCAAUGGGACCAGAUCCCUGCCGCGGGCGAUGACCCUAGCGAUAUGGGAGGCCGGAGUAGUUUCGACGCCAGCUCUGGCGGCGAAUUCGGCUUUGAUGACGAUGAGUCUGGCAUUAGCAGCGUUUCUGGGAUGAGCACUGGGUAUGGCAAUAACCAGGGCGCUAUUUAUGGCGGGCAGAUGCUUGGUGUUAACCCCGGGGAUCCUGGGUACGUGGAUCAACAAAAGUGGAGUGGAUGA